CCCUCGCGCGCAUUUUAUGGCUGUCAAAAUUGUUUAUUGUUAGGUUACGUUAAUCAUUUCUAUAAAAUUUAGAUUUUAUCAUGUUAUUAUUAGUUAAUUCUAUUAAAUAUAGAUUCUAAAGAUCUCAGAUUGUGAACGAAAAUGUUUUUUUCUUAUAAUUUAUUCUUGUUACAUUCAUGAUAUUCCUAAGAAGCAACCAACUGGAUUUCAAGUUCUGUGAAAAAAUACGCGAAUAUUUUGUGGUUGUGAUUAUCGCAUAAUGAUAACCAACGAUGUAUGAAGAUGAAAACUUAACUUGUACUCCAAAGCGAAGUGCGCUUUCUGAAGUUACGAACUCUACAAAUUAUGUGUCCCCAAAUGCUAACCUCAAGCUACUUACUAGUGUUGCGUUACAGUACCCAACGCCACCACCAAGUACAGUACACCGUAAAGAGAAGUCCCUUCAAAUACUUUGCGAUAGAUUUCUUUGUCUGUUUCCUCUACAUGGUAAUGGACCUAUUGAACUCCAACUGGACACUACAGCAGCCAGACUGGGUGUGGAAAAACGACGCAUGUAUGAUAUAAUAAACAUCUUAGAAGCAAUGCAAUGUGCUGUUCAUAGAAGAAAAAACACAUAUCUUUGGUAUGGAGGAUCAAGACUCAAUUCAUUCUUAAAAGUUCUAAAAAAGGAAGGUGAAAACUUGAAGCUGUCUGAUGCUUUGCGUGGUAGAGCACCAAAACCUCCUACACCAAAACACAAAACCCUUGGAAUUCUGGCCCAGAGGUUCUUGAUGUUGUUCUUAGUAGAACCUCCUAACACACUAAUAAAUUUGGAAAUGGCAGUACGUGUACUGAUUGACACAGCUUACAAAAACAAAACUGUGUUGUCUCCAGAGCAGCAGGAUCGUCAACACAAGUCUAAAGUUAGGCGGCUUUAUGAUAUUGCCAAUGUUUUCAUAUCUGUCGGUCUCAUAGAGAAAGUUUCUGGCAAUUCAAUACUAAAGAAACCAGUCUUCAAAUAUGUAGGGCCAUUCAAAACUAAAAAAUCUGACAAAGUUUUGGUGUCAACACCUUCUCCUAUAACCUCACUGGUGGUUAUAGAUAGCCAGAAGACACCACCUUUCCAAGUAUUUGCGGGUAGAUCCAAAAGAAAACUAGAAUUCUCAACUCCAAAUUUGUGCAAAGAACUGAAGCUUGGGGUCACCACUCCACCGCACACACCCACACACAAAUGGGAUGAAAUUUUGCUGGUGGCAGACAUGGAACUGACUAAAAUUAAUAAUGGAAUACCAUUGUGAUUUUACAUUAGAUUAUAGAAAAUUAAAUGAUAUUUUUAGACAGAUAUUUCUAUACUUAGUCUUCCAGGGGAUGUAUAUGUAAAGUUUUAUGUAGGUAUGUAUAUCAAAUUAACAAACAUUAUAUUAUAGAUAGAUACGUAGUAGUUCUAGAAGCCAUGUUCCUAUGUUUAUAUUAUGUUGAAAAAAUAUUACUGUCCGAGACAUUGUUUUAAAUGGUGCAAUUUGAAGAUAUAUAAUUUGCUAAAGCUAAAAAAUUAUGAAAUUUAUAGUACUUUAUUUAAAAAAAUAUAUUAUUUUUGCAUUUUAUGUUAUAUUAGGGAAUCAUAUGACAAAGUUUGGAUCAUUAUGCUAGAAUUUGUUAUGUUUGUACAAAAUUAAAGACUGUUGACUAAAUACCCAAUUUUAUAAAUUAAAAAACUAAUGGUAACCAAAUAUGACGAAAUUGUGUUUUAUAUUUGGGGAAAUAUAUCGGUUAGCUUGUACCCCUGGGAGCCUUGACUGACCUUCUUUAGUGAGUUAUUAUAACACUUGACAAAUUUAAAUGCAUUAUAUUACUUAUGUUUUUCUUAAAAGUUAGCUUGUUUAUGAUAGUUAUGGUUUUAAACAUAUUAAAUGAUACAAAUUAUUAUUUCCUGCACAUUCAGUCACAUAUUUUCAUUUUGUAUAGAAAGUAUAACAGGGCCUUUGGCUAUGUUAAAAUUAGAUUUGUUCUUGCAUUGCAUUUAUUAUGACAUUGUAAUUAUUGGUUUAUUAUUUUAUGAGUUACAUCUUAAAUCAAUGUCAAUACAAAAUGAAAAUAUUAUAAACAUUGUAAAGUUUAUAAAAGGUUGCUUUUUAUUUUAUAUUUUGUUAUAAGCUAUAAGUUCUAUUAAACAUCAUCAUGAAAUA